AUCUACACCUGUUUGCCAGAGAGAGCGAAAGGGACAGCCAAGCUGGAGAGGAGGCAGAAGAGAAGAGACAGAAACUAUAAUUAAAAGCUGGAUCCUAAAGGGCGAUGACCUCACCUGCUGGACUCGACCGAACCAAAGGAUAGUGACCCCUCUAAAGCAGAUAACAAGUAUCUCAACGGACGUACAUUGAGCUGUGCAGUUUUCAUCUUGAUGGCGACCGCAGAACCUGCACCGGCAUGGUGGAAACUGACCUUCUUGCGUAAGAAGAAAUCAGAGCCGAAAGUGCUGUACGAAAUCCCUGGAGACCACAGCAGCAACGCCGGGGAGACACCCGCCGGGACACCCGACGCAGCUGCGGACAGCCAGUUUAACGCCCGCUUGGAGCGCAUUGUGGACAAAACGGCGACCAAAGGACGCCAUGUGAAGGUCUCACAUUCGGGCCGCUUUAAAGAGAAGAAGAGAAUCCGCUCUACGCUAGCAGAAAACCCUGACCUGUUCCCUGAGGGUGAAACUAGCGAGAAUAAUACAACUGGAAAAUAGUCACUGUGUAAACACACUAGCAUGUGUGUGUGUAUAAAACAGCUCAGGAGGGCCUUGGUCUAUGCAGCACUCUUCCAUUGAUGUCCUCUGCUGUUCACAAUCACCUGAGGCUGAGCCUGAAGCAAGAAAAGGAUCUCUGAAUGAAUAGUUACUGAUCUAUACUAAUGUUUGAGAACAAAGACAGGCAUAAACCCAAAGAUCAGGUUUCUUCACAGAUACACAAGGCAUGGACUCCAUUGUGGUUGUCUGAUGAAAGGCUGACACUUUGCAAAUGUUUAGAAAAGAGAAGCAGCCUGCACUGAGAUGGAAUCAAAUAAUUCAUAUAUCAGCACAAGAUAUCAGUAAUGAUAGUGGUUUUGUUCGCUUAUUAUAUUUUAUAUGCUGAAAACUACAAUCUACAGCAUUUGAUUUAAAUGAAUAUUAUCAGAAACAAUACGCUACUGUUUUAAAGGAUUAUAUGACUUUUAUUUAACCUACAAAUUUAAAUUGUAGCUAAUUAUAUAAAAUAGAGUGUUAUUAUUAAUUUCAAAAAGAUUUCAACAUAUUAUGGCCUCUGAACCACCAAAUAGACCAAAAUAUAUAUAUUUUUGAGUACAUGUGCCCAUUGCAAUAAUACGCUAUUUUAUGUCUGUGUUGAUGUGUCAGGGUUAUUUAUGAUAUUUGAUUUUUUUAAUUUAAUUUGAAUAAGGUGGGGUUUGAGAUUUUAGCUUAAAUGCUGUGUUUUUAUGUCAAAAGAUUUAUAUAAAAGAUUUAUAUAUUUGCACAAUGCCUAGUUUGCUUAGCUGGGAUUUUGUAAAAUAAAUAAAUAAUAAUAAUAAUAAUAAUUAAGUGUUGUUUAAUUAACCUCUGUAAAUAAUAAAUAAUGCACUCAAUAUGUGAGUAUUUCAUUGUGUACAUUUCUGUUUCAACACUCUAGAAUAAUGUGUUUGAAAUAGAACCAAUAAACAAAUUACAACUUGCCCUUGCCCAAA